UGACGCGGAUCGUCACGUCGUCCCUGCGUGUUGACGUCAGGUCAUUUUGGAUGUGUGGCGCGAGCGCAUAACGGCUAGGACGGAAUGCUAACAAAACGGAGUUCCUGAAUAAAAUUGGCACAUAGUGCUGAGAGCCACCAUGUUAGACGGUGGCCAGUUUGUGGAGGCCGUGGGCCGUCUAGGUUAUUCUGGUGCAUCAUCGCUGAAGGCGUCCGACUUCGACUGGCUGUUUGACUGUGCCCCGGAGAACCUUCACUUCUUGCGCUUUGUCUGUCGGACCCUCAACCAAAGCAAUGUUCUCACCACGGAGGAGGCACGUGCUUAUCAGGAGCUACGCAAGUCCGGCAAGCCAUUUCUGGAUGAAGCAGCCCUGGGCGAGGUCCUUAAAACCAUUGGACCUUCAGAUGGGAGCAGUGCAAACAUGCUAGGGCCCUCUUCUUCAUCUUCAUCGUCCGUGUUUGCAGCUGAGGGGGAUGUAGCUAUAGAGGACUUGGAGGCAGAACUUCAGGCACUGCGUAAAGAGAAAGAGCUGAAGCAACAGCGGUAUAACAGGUUGCAGGUUGUAGCCACCUCCCGUGCAGAUGUUGACCUACGACUUAAUGCAGAGCUGGAGAGCGCUGCACGUAAACUAAAAGAGGCCAGUGCUUCCAUUGCAGCUGAGAAUGCUGACACCAAUGCUCUAUUACAAAACCUAACAGAGGAAGUGAGAAGGCUCUCUUCAUAUCUCCCACUUCAGCCACAGGCCAGUCACAAAGGAAAAGGAGAACCUGUGGCCCCUCCAAAUCCUUCUAUCUCCAAAAGUCCCUCUGUCCUCCUCUCUCAGCUGCCCUUGGGUCCCUACCUGCACCAGGAGGAGCUCAACACUAAAACACUAGCUGCUUUCACUCAAAAGCAUUUCUUCCAGGGCAUCUCUGACAUUGUUGAGACGUCUUGCUCGGAGCGCUUCCAGGUCCUUGACCUCAGUUCUUGUGAAGAUAAAGACGAUGAAGAGAGUGAGCACGAGGAAAGAGAGAGGGAAGAGCGAGCGGUGGAGCACAGGAGAACAGAGAUGGCCAGGCUGCAGUGGUCUCAUAUUGUGGCCCAGCACCAACUGAUGCAGGCCACGGCAGAGGAGAAGAGUGUUAAGGCUGGACUGGACUGGCUUUCUGAGAAGUCCUCUCAUACCAGGAGCAUUUCCAUGUCCUCCUCACUGCAUGUCCGCGAGGUUGCUUCCAGGAAGGAGCUGCAGGCAGUGGAGGCUGAGCUGGAGGCCCUGCUCCAAGGACCAGUACCUACUGCCCUUAGAGAGUCAGCCAGGUUGAUUAAUGUGCCGAUAGUGAGGGGAGACCUGGCUCUGCAACUAGCCAGGCAGGACUACUACACCUCCAGACAGGAUCAGGUACGAGACUACCUACUCCGCCAAAAGGCGUCCUUUGACCUGGUGCUCCUUGGGCAGGAGAUGGAGUUUAGGAGGUGGAGGACAUGUCUUAAGCAGCUGGGAGAAGUAAAUAGCAGACUGGUAAAGGAAGGUGAAGCAGCAGCCCUCAGAAUUGAGUCCCUGGCACACCCUGAGCUGGCUAUCAACCCCAGACCCAACCCUAUCAUCAGCUCCAAGGAUGCAGCCUUCAGCAGGCUGCUCCAGAUCCUUGACCACAAUUCAGACCAUGGCCGAUCAGAGCCUUUUCGGACAUAUGAAGCAUUAGACCAUGCUGCGCGUGACCUCGCAGGCAACCUCAAGGCGACCCAAGAUGCUCUAGCUGGUGCUGGUCGUGAGCAGUACUACACAGCUGCUCGUCUUAAUGGUGACUGUGAGGCGCUCCACAGGGCGAUGUACACAGAGCUGCAGCAGCUGGUCUUAGGGCCGCAGGUACGUCCAAUGGCCAUCACUGACCAGCAGCUGCUCUGCCCCAAUGCACAGGAGCUAACAGUGAAGCUUGUGAAAGCAGAGUCUCAGCUGCAGAGUUUGCAGCAUAUAAUGCAAGAAAUUAUGGGGGAGGUCAAAGCCAAGCGUUCUCAGCUGGAGCGCAAUGCCCUCCUCAGGCGGGAGAGGGAAUUGUACGUCUACUUUCAUUUGGAUCCCCGGCUGCUGCAGAAAGUAGUGGAAGAUCUGGAGCGCAAAAUGGCUGAGAAGAGAGGACUGCAGUAAAGCCUGCCAGAAUGAAUGAGGAGCGCUCAUUGUCAGCUCAACCUAAAUGGUUUCUGUGCUAAGGAAGUCAACCUUUGUUAUAAGGCUUGGAGAUAUCUCAUGAGUACACUGUGCUUUCAGCAGAGGAGGUUUAUUAAAUAAGCCGUGCUCUAGUGCAGUGUGAAUCUUCUGAAAGUUUGCACCUUCACUUGGUUUGUGCAGGAGGUGGUCAUCAACCACUUGAGGGUUCAUCUUUGGGACAACACUCAACUUGGGAACAAAGUUUUGUUGUAUACGAGCAGUGCUGCUUAUAUGAUGAUUGGGAUUCAUUUGAGUGUUUACUUCAAACAAAUUUUACAUGUGAUUCUAAAAUGUCCUUGUUUCUCUUUUUCAUCUGA